AUGAGAAAGAAAUGGGCAAGGAGAUUAUUCAGCUCCAAUCAGCAGUCACUUAGCUUUAAGAUGUCUGUGGGCUAUGGAGUUUUGUUCAUAUGGAUAAUAAUGGUGCAUGUUGAUUUCCCAUUUUCAACAGCAUGCUUGCAAGAUGAAAGAACUUCACUGUUGGAUUUCAAGGGUGGUCUUAAACUUUCCUCAGGCCGCUUAUCCUCUUGGAUUGGAUUCAACUGUUGCGAGUGGGAGGGUGUUGCCUGUGAUUAUCAUACAUCUCAUGUAAUCGGACUUCGUCUAAGUGCUGAUCUAUCAUAUAUGGAGGAAUUGACUGGUGAGGUUCAUCUAAAGAAAAGUCUAUUCAGUGGUGAGAUUCAUCUAAAGAAAAGUCAGUUCAGUGGUGAGAUUCGUCCGUCUCUGUUUAAUCUGCACCAUCUACAGCACUUGGAUCUCAGCUGGAAUGACUUCAAAGGUAUUUCUAUUCCUCCUCAGUUAUCAAAACUCCAGAAACUUACAUUUCUUAGCUUGUCAAAUGCUGGAUUUGGAGGUGAAGUCCCUUUGGAAUUGGGAAAUAUGUCAAGCUUGCGUCAUUUGGAUAUUUCAAUUGGAUACCCUUAUGCAUAUAUGUUGGAUGGUAGUAUGUUUGGUGUAUGGGUCAGAAAUCUAAGAAGCCUGGAAUUCUUGGGAAUGAAUUCAGUGAAUCUAAGAAUGGCGUCUGAGCUGUGGAGUGAGGCCCUUAGUGGUCUUUCCAAUCUAACCCAUAUUCACCUAUCUAAUUGUGGGCUCUCAGGCAAUAUUCCAGAUCUCUCAAACCUCACACAUUUGUCACAUCUGCAUAUAAGCUGGAAUUCGUUUCCGGUUGAACUCCCAAGUUGGUUUCAGAACAUGUCAUCAUUAGUUUCACUUGAUCUCAGCCACUGUGGUUUAAAUGGUUCCAUCCCUUCAAAUUUCAUCCCCCAUUCAAGAAUGAGUAAUCUUGUGUUUGACGCAAAUUAUGAGUUGAAGGGAAACAUGUCUUCCAUUCUAAGCCAUUCUUCCUCACUUACCGUGCUUUCUUUUAGAGGGUGCAGUUUAGGAGGAGUGAUUUCGCCCUCUAUUGCAAACUUUUCAAAACUCAGGAUCUUGGAUCUCUCGCAUAACGAUUUGGAAGGAACCAUACCGUCCUCUUUUGGCAACAUUUUGCCCCUUAGAGGUCUAUACCUAAGUUACAAUCGGUUAAGCGGUCAUAUUCCUUCGUCUCUGUGUCAGCUUCCGGUAUUAAGUGAGCUCCUCCUGGGCAGUAACCAGCUGUGGGGAACAAUUCCAGAUUCCAUUUCAAAACUGGCUAGUUUGAAAGUAUUGUCACUACCUUCUAGUGGAUUAAGAGGCAACAUUUCACUCCAGCUGUUUGACAAUCUAACUCGCCUUCGAGAACUAGAUCUUUGUGCAAAUAAGUUUACCAUUAACAUCUCUCCAAGUUGGGUUCCUCAGUUUGCCCAGCUUCGGUACUUGGGAUUGAGGUCUUGCAAUAUAGGAGGUGGUUUUCCUGCAUUUUUGUCUCAGCAAUAUCAAUUGGAAGGCCUAGAUCUUUCAGGUGAUAACAUUGUGGGAAAUAUUCCUUCGUCGUUGUGGGAUCUUCCUAAUCUUUCAAUGCUCAAUCUUUCAAACAACCAACAGGAAGGUUCUCUACCCCGCCAGAUUUCCCAUAAUUUUACAGUGGUGGACUUGCAUGGUAAUAGAUUAAAUGGCCCUCUUCCUGCUCUUGAUUUUGUUUCAGGUAUAUUAGAUCUGUCGAACAAUGAAUUUAAUGGCUCUAUUCCUCCAACUAUUAGAACGCCGUCCUUUCUAUCUUUGUUAGUUCUGGACUUGUCAAAGAACAAGUUAACAGGUCCGAUUCCGGCAAACAUUGGGAGGUUUUCUAAAUUAUUGGUUUUAAAUUUGGCUCAAAAUUUUCUGCAAAGGGAGAUUCCACAGGAACUGGGAAAUCUGCAGGCUCUUCGCACAUUAAAUCUCAAUGGCAACAGGCUACAAGGUACCAUUCCUUCAUCUAUUGCAAAUUGGACUAAUCUCCAAGUAUUGGGUUUGGGAAGUAACAGAUUUGAAGGUCGCAUUCCUGUUUGGUUGGCAAAAUUGACAAAUUUAAGAAUCCUCAGCUUAGCGUCUAACAAGUUUAGAGACAGAAUUCCUCCCCAGCUGUUCAGACUGCAAAAUCUUCAAAUUCUAGAUUUAUCUGGUAAUCAAUUAUCAGGAAGUAUUCCUCCAAAUGUGAAAAAGUUAUAUGCUAUGGUUAACAAAUCACAAAUUUUUGAUGUACAACUUACCAAUUGUGGUAAUUUAUAUUUUGGUUUGGACACAAUCUUUGAACUAAAAUUUGUGGAUGAAGUGACAGUCUACAUAAAAGGAAGGGCAACUCCAUAUCAAAAGAUAAUCAAAGCAGACAAGUUCAUAGAUCUAUCACGUAAUAACUUAUCAGGUAAUAUUCCUUCGGAAUUGGGGCUCCUUCAUGGUUUAAUUUCUUUAAACCUAUCAAAAAAUUAUCUUAGUAGCUCAAUCCCUGAAUCCUUGGGAGCUAUGACGUACUUGGAAUCUCUUGAUCUUUCAGAAAACAAUCUAUCAGGAAAGAUUCCUUCAGAGCUCUUAUAUCUCACGUUCCUUGAAGUCUUGAAUCUUUCAAACAACAUGCUUUCAGGAUUAAUACCACAGGGAAAGCAGUUUUCAACGUUUGAGGCUUCUUCUUUUCUAGGAAACCCCAAUCUUAAUGGGUUUCCUCUUGAAAACAAGACAGUGAGUUCUAAUUUUGAUAGUAGACAAAAUCACAUGGAAUGGAAUAAUACAACUAUUGAAGAUGCAGAUGUAAUGGAUCGAUGGUGGGCAGUGGGUGUUGGGUUAAGUUACGGAGUGGGAUUUGCAAUUGUGAUUUCAGUGUUGUGCUUCCACAUAAAAUGGAGAUACAAUUGCUUUUCUUGGAUAGAUAAUUUAAUCUAUUAUCUUUUUGAGUGGUGA